GCGUCGGUUUCAAGGCUCCUCCCUCCGGUGAAGCAGACUGCGGGGCGCCUGGAAACCGGUCGGAGGGAGCGCGGCGCGGCGAGGCGAGGGGCGCGGGCUCGAGGGGCCGGCACAAAUGGUCAGGCGGCGGCGGCGGAGGCGGCGGCGGCGGCGGUAGUUGGAGGCGCGGCGGACGCUGCCGCCGGUGCGGGCAGAUCUGCGCGCUGCGCUCCGCGGCCCCGUGAGUGGCGACCGGGGCUGCCCCGUCCCUGCCCGCCGCUCCCUUCAUGAGUCGCAAGUUCGGGCCGGGAGGAGCAGCGGCGGCGGCGGCGGCAGGGCGGCGGGAGCCCGGCAGGGCAGGCGGCACCGACUGAGCAUGGCCGGGCGGCGCGGGCCGGCGGUGAGCGGCGGCGGGGAAGUUGGCAGCGGCCGGUGCCCGCGGCUGCCGCUGCUGCUGGCGCUGCUGUGGGCGGCGGCGCUGCCGGCCGGGGGGCAGCUGCCGGCGUCUCAGUACAACGGCGAGCGGGGCAUCUCCAUCCCAGACCACGGCUACUGCCAGCCCAUCUCCAUCCCUCUCUGCACUGACAUCGCCUACAACCAGACCAUCAUGCCCAACCUGCUGGGCCACACCAACCAGGAGGACGCGGGGCUGGAGGUGCACCAGUUCUACCCGCUGGUGAAGGUGCAGUGCUCGGCCGAGCUGAAGUUCUUUCUCUGUUCCAUGUACGCGCCGGUGUGCACCGUGCUGGAGCAGGCCCUGCCGCCCUGCCGCUCCCUCUGCGAGCGGGCCCGACAGGGCUGCGAGGCCCUCAUGAACAAGUUCGGCUUCCAGUGGCCCGACACGCUGCGCUGCGAAAAGUUCCCGGUGCACGGGGCUGGCGAGCUCUGCGUGGGGCAGAACGCCUCCGAGCGCGGCACCCCCACGCCCGCCCUGCGCCCCGAGAGCUGGACCAGCAACCCGCACCGCGGGGGCAGCGGCGGCGGACCCGGGGGCCCGGGGCCCGGCGAGCCCCGCGGGCGCUUCACCUGCCCGCGGGCGCUGAAGGUGCCCUCCUACCUGAACUACCGCUUCCUGGGGGAGAAGGACUGCGGGGCGCCCUGCGAGCCCGGCCGCCUCUACGGGCUCAUGUACUUCGGGCCCGAGGAGCUCCGCUUCUCCCGCACCUGGAUCGGCAUCUGGUCCGUGCUCUGCUGUGCUUCCACCCUCUUCACCGUCCUCACAUACUUGGUGGACAUGAAGCGCUUCAGCUACCCCGAGCGGCCCAUCAUCUUCCUCUCGGGCUGCUACACGGCGGUGGCCGUGGCCUACAUCGCCGGUUUCCUCCUGGAGGAGAGGGUGGUCUGCAACGAGCGCUUUGCCGAGGACGGUUCCCGCACCGUGGCACAGGGCACCAAGCGGGAGGGCUGCACGAUCCUCUUCAUGAUGCUCUACUUCUUUGGCAUGGCCAGCUCCAUCUGGUGGGUCAUCCUCUCCCUUACCUGGUUCCUAGCUGCUGGCAUGAAGUGGGGCCAUGAGGCCAUUGAGGCCAACUCCCAGUACUUUCAUCUGGCCGCCUGGGCCGUGCCAGCCAUCAAGACCAUCACCAUCCUUGCCCUUGGACAAGUGGAUGGGGACGUCCUCAGCGGCGUUUGCUUUGUGGGCAUCAACAACGUGGAUGCCCUGAGGGGCUUUGUGCUGGCCCCCUUGUUCGUCUACCUGUUCAUCGGCACCUCUUUCCUGCUGGCUGGCUUUGUGUCCCUCUUCAGGAUCCGGACCAUCAUGAAGCAUGACGGCACCAAGACAGAAAAGCUGGAGAAGCUCAUGGUGAGGAUAGGCAUCUUCAGCGUCCUCUACACGGUGCCGGCCACCAUCGUCAUUGCCUGCUAUUUUUACGAGCAAGCUUUUAGGGAACAGUGGGAGAGGAGCUGGGUCACACAGAGCUGUAAGAGCUAUGCCAUUCCCUGCCCCAACAACCACAGCGGCCACCACCCGCCCAUGAGCCCCGACUUCACUGUCUUCAUGAUCAAGUAUCUCAUGACCUUAAUCGUGGGCAUCACCUCGGGCUUCUGGAUCUGGUCUGGGAAAACCCUGAACUCCUGGAGAAAGUUUUACACCAGGCUCACCAACAGCAAACAGGGCGAGACCACGGUCUGAGACCCCUGCUUGCCAGGCUAGGGAGAUGCGGGACAACUGAGGCUCUGCCUCGGGAAGCAGCUCCUUAUCCAGCUUGGGCAAACUUUUGUGACUGCGAGAGGCUUCCGCAGGCGGCGGGGAGCGGAGGACGAGCCAGGGGAACCCCGGUGCCUGGGAUCUCCGGGCUCUGCCCUCCCCAUGCCGCUCGGGCUGUCUCCUGUAGGAGCUGAACGCACUGUCAGGUUGGGGGAGAGGGAUGUAAAUAGCCUCUGUAAGAUUUUGUAAGUAUAUUUGUAUUUAAAUUACAAAAAAACUCACUUUUUUUAAUUAUUUAGGACACUUCUAACCCGUUUGCAGAUUUUACUUCCUUGCUUCCCACCCCCUUCCCCCCCUUUUUUUUAUUUAAAAAAAGAAAUGGCUUUGGAUUUUUAUUUCGUAGGGCAGGAUGGGAAAAGCUGCCGGUAAGAGAAUCGAAAACAAACCCCCUUCUUCUCCCCCACACAGGUUAAGUAAUGGCUUUACUCGGAAUUUCAGCUGCAUGAGCAGGAGGGCCCAGAGCGGGGCUGCGGCCGGGGACGACUCCUGGCCCGGGCUGGGUCCCGGUCCUGGUCUCGGCCUCGGCCCGCCCGCGGUUCCGUGGAGUAGGGGAUGGGGAGGAGCGGCGUCUCCCGCCCCGGCGCCGUGCGGGGAGCUCGGACCCCCGGCCGGUCCCGUCCGGGGCGGACGGAGAACCGCCCGGGCAUGGCGCAGGGACGGCGCUGCACCGAGCCCCGGCUCCGCUGACCCCCGCCGGGCCUUUCUGGGGGUACAAACAGGAGCCCUGCUCGGGGCCGGCCGCUCUGAGGAGGGAGAGCCCCUCGCCGUGCCCGCGGCGGGCUUGCAGGGUCCGGCCGUGCCACGCGUGGCUCAGGAGGAGUUGGCCCGGUUCGGUGUACGAGUUGGGGUUCACACCGUCUGCACCUGUAGCACCUCCGGUGGCUGAGGAGGUGGAUGGCGACAGAGAUACACGGAAAUACCCUCCUGCUGGGUUUUUUUCUAAGCCCACUUUGCAGUCCGGGGGCGCCCCGCGGGUGCUCCUGCCGCCGCCUGCCCCGGUCCCUCCCCGCCGGGCUGCUGCCGGCUGGGGUCAGCAGGAUCAGGAAAUACGGGCUCGGUGGAAAGAGCUUCUAAGGAAUAAACGCAGCAUUCACUUUGGGGCUUUUGUUUGUUUCCUCCCUGCCCCCUAGUUAUAUUCAUACACCGGCUCUUCGUAUGGGAAACAUAGGAGCCGUUGCCAUUCCUCUGAAUUCUAAUUCAUUGAGAUUUAAAUCAUUACACAUAAUGAAGGUGUGAUGAUUUUUGCCCGUAGUAAAAACAAUGGAAAGGAAAACAGAAGAGCAGAAUGCUUAAGCACUCUGGUGAGACCUGAAAGAGCCUCUGCUAUCUUUUCCCCCCUUUUUUUUCGGUACAGAAAUAACAUUGCAUACUGCAAGGAUAAGAUACCAUGUGUGCAGUGUGUCUACUACCUUGUGUGCUCCUGGGUGUGUGGGAUUGUGCUUCUAAUACAUUAAGAAAGUUAAAGACGAAAUUGUAACUUUCAGCAGAUGCAUUUGAAUAUGUAGAUCUCUGUAUGAAAAACAGCAGAAUGCUACUCUCCCGAUUGUAUUGUUUUGAACUUUUUUUUAUAUUACAAAUGCCUGUAUUUAGGUUCAUAAACAUUAUCUAUGGCUACCAUACCCUGAAAUGCAAAAUUAUUUUAAUUUGGUAUGCAUUUAUUUCUGUUCAUUAUCACAAGAUCAUCUAUAUUUAUAGAGGAAUAGAAAUUUAUAUAUAUUAAAUACCAUAUUUUUAAUUUCUCUGAAAUAAAUUGAGGUUUUGUACAAAA